CUUCGUUCGAUCUUCUCCCUUUCGAUCCUCGAUUUCUUUUUAAUUAUUGCUCUUAAUUCUUGAAUCAAGUACCUAUUUCGUUCAAUUUCUGUUGUUUGCUUCCGUUUGAUCCCAAAAUCGUCCCCUUUUCGUGAUGAUUAUCGUGUUCUAGGGUUAGGGUUUCGAUUCGGUCCUUCAAAGGCCAUCCAAUUGUCCAAUCCCCUUCCUUAUUCCGCAAAAUUUCCUGGUUUUGUUACUUAUUCAUCUUGUAUUUGGCCCCAAUUUGACAUAAGACUGAACGAGUUUACGAAUCUAGGGUUUCGGAGCGGUCGAAUUUUUAGGGCUUCUCGAUCUUUGAAUUUGUGGAGAGUUUUUCUGUAAAUUGCUUGAGGGGUUUUAUUCCUUCCUAUCAUUUACGAAAUUCUUGCGGUCGUAUGGUUUUUAAUUUCGUAAUUUCUGGAGUGAGUCGAGAAUCUAGGGUUAGGGUUUGAACUGCUAAUUUUUUGUUUUUCUAAUUAGUGAAAUUGAGUUGGGGAUACGCUCUUUGGCGCCGAGGAACUUCCUUAAUUGUGAAAUUCUUUGUCAAAUUCUCUUCAAUUAAGCUUUGGGAUUUUCGUUUGACCGUAAACUGUUCUAAUCUUAGUACUGAGUUGGCGGGUUUUCUGAAGUUUGAAUUUGAAAAAAAUUUGACAAGAAUCAGGAUGGGAUAUAAGAGAUGUCUUGAAGCUAAUGAAUUUGAGGAACUUUCUUUGAACAAGGUAAAGCGUUUUGAAUGCAACAAUGAACUGGUUUCAUUACCUGAUAUUGUUACUCCCAAUAAAGCCUUUGUGAAGACUUUUAUUUCAGAUGAUGAUGAAAAUGGCUUUUACAAUAUUCAAUGGUAUGAUCCCCUCGGGGUGGACACUGCCAUGGAAGCUCCUAAUGCUGUUGACAAGAAUGUUCAAACCAGUGGCAACUUCAGCAGCUGUUCUAGUGAGGAGGAUACUGGUUCUGGGGCAACAUCUUUAUCAUAUGCUUCUUCAGAUUGUUUGGAAUUUGAUAUUCCACGGAAAACAUGUGUUCCUUUGGAUGAUGCCUAUUUUGCCUUUGAUUGCUCCCCUAGAAAACCAGUUCCCAUUGGACCAAAUCAUCAAGCCACCAUUCCUAUUUGGAGGGGAAGAGCAAAUAAAAUGUCAGGUUUAGGCAUAUGUAAUAAUGGCAGUCCCUCCGCUGGUUCAGAAUCAGUUCAUACUGUUAAUGACAUUGAAGAGAGAUUCAUGGGAACUUCUGUGUUCUCAUUGCGUGAUUCUAGGUUUUUUUCUUCUUUGGGUAACAAGUGUGGAGAAGGCAGGACAGAAUGUAACUGCCGGGAUCAGGGCUCCAUAAGAUGUGUGCGACAGCAUGUUAGGGAAGCGCGAGAAAAUAUGAGGAAGACUCUUGGUAAGGAAAAUUUUGUGAACUUAGGCCUUUGUGACAUGGGAGAGGACAUUGCUCUUAAAUGGAGUGAAGAAGAAGAAGAGGUUUUUCAUGAGGUUGUCUACAACAAUCCUGCAUCAUUGGGUAGAAAUUUUUGGAAGGAACUGACAGCCACAUUCCAUUCUCGAACCAAUAAGGAAAUUGUCAGCUACUACUUUAAUGUCUUUAUGCUUAGGAGGAGGGCUGCUCAGAACAGAGCCAGGUGUUUGGAUAUUGAUAGUGAUGAUGAUGAAUGUCAUACAAGAAAUGCUGGGAUUUAUGGUUUUGAAAAUUCCGAAGAUGAUUCUGCCAUUGAGUCUCUUGGUGAUGAAAACGUUCGUGUAGAAAACCAAGAAAAUUAUUCUGAUGGGGAUGAUGGUGAUGAUAGCAACAGUGAUGAUGGAACUGAUGGUUGUAUUCUUGGUUUAACUGGAUAUAAUAUGGGAAACACAAUUGGGGCAGAGGAUGGGAUUGAUGGAAGAUCAUCAAAAUGCAUGCUGAACUCACAGAUUGAGAGUUCAAGUAAUCCCAUUCAAUAUGUCGAUGACACUCCAGGGAUUCUUGAGGACUAUAUUGGUGUCCAGGAUGACUCCUGUAUGUCCUUUGAGUGUGAUACCAAUAUGGAUGUGUCUUACCGUUCUCAUGGUUUAGUAGAUGCUAGCUCUGCAUUGCAAUCUAGGGGAUUUAAAUGUGAUCAGAAUCCACGCAUGCACGACAAACUUGAUUUGUUUAGUGAUGGGAUGGAACAUGUUUAUUUGUUGGAGCCCUGCGAUGCUAAAGAUUGGUUUCCUGGGUACUCAACAUGUCCGACUGCAGAUGUUGACUUCUUACCUACAUCCAAUCUGAUCGAAGAGUUUUUUGGUCAUGGUACUUCACCAGAUAAAAAGACCAGCAGUGACUAAGGUAUUAGCUCCUCUGCUUUUUGUGGCACUGGCGUGACAGGUUAAAGCUGCAUGAGGCUGCCAAUCGAGAUUUUGAAAAUUGCAGUUACGGAUCUGUUAUUUUAGUACCAGGAGCUACUUAAUUUUGGUGGAGGUUGGUGUAAAUUACAAUUUCCGAGGCUGGAAUGGAAAGCCUUCUAUUCUUUAUUUCUUUGUUUUAUUAUUUUCUUUUCUGACAGAGAGGAGAGGGUGGGGGUAGAAUCACAUUUGGUGUUAAUUUGUAUAUACUUGAUGUGGACCUCACCAUUUCCAAAAAAAAUGAAAAAAAAAAAAAAUUUGGGUUCCCCCCCGUUAAUGUUGUUUUUCUUACUAGCCCCCAAUUUGUAUGAUAAUGUAAAAACUAGUUUGGGUUGAAUAUAAUCUCA